AUGGCAGCAAGAAAAUUGAAAAAGGAGCAAUCAGCUGAACGAGAAAGCCCUGAUACGGGUAAGGUUAAUGAAGAAGAUGAAGAACGUUUGUAUGGUAAUAUUGAUGACUAUAAGCAUUUAAUACAGGAUGAGGAAUAUGAUGAUGAGGAUGUGGCUCAUGAUCUACAAUUAAGCGAAGAUGAAUACAAUUCUGAACGGGACAGUUCUUUAUUAGCAGAGUUCUCGGACUAUGGGGAAAUAUCUGAAGACGACGAAGAAGAUUUCAUGAAUGCGAUUAGGGAAGCAAGUAACUUUAAAGUAAAAAAGAAGAAGAAAAAUGAUAAGAGUAAAUCUUACGGCCGCCAAAGAAAAGAGAGAGUACUUGAUCCAGAAGUAGCGCAAUUACUUUCUCAAGCGAAUGAAGCCUUUGUCAGAAACGAUCUACAAGUGGCCGAAAGAUUAUUUAAUGAAGUCAUCAAAAAAGAUGCACGUAACUUUGCUGCGUAUGAGACACUGGGAGAUAUAUAUCAAUUGCAAGGAAGGCUUAACGAUUGUUGUAACUCUUGGUUUCUGGCAGCUCACUUGAAUGCCUCCGAUUGGGAAUUCUGGAAGAUAGUCGCCAUAUUGUCCGCUGAUUUAGAUCAUGUUAGACAAGCAAUCUACUGCUUUUCUAGAGUAAUAAGUUUGAAUCCUAUGGAAUGGGAAUCGAUAUAUCGCCGGUCAAUGCUGUACAAGAAGACAGGUCAGCUGGCAAGAGCUUUAGAUGGCUUCCAAAGACUUUACAUAUACAAUCCUUAUGAUGCGAACAUAUUGAGGGAAUUGGCCAUUCUUUAUGUCGAUUAUGAUAGGAUUGAUGAUUCAAUUGAGCUUUAUAUGAAAGUGUUCAAUGCGAAUGUCGAAAGAAGGAAAGCCAUAUUGGCUGCUUUAGAAAAUGCUUUAGAUUCUUCGGAUGAGGAGAGCGGGGCAGAAGAGGAGGAUGGAGACGAAAAGGAACCCCCUGAGCAAGAUGAAGAUAUGCAGAUGUUUCCGGAUAUUAACUGGAAAAAAAUCAAUGCAAAGUAUAAAUGCAUACCAUUUGACUGGUCUUCUUUAAACAUUCUUGCGGAACUUUUCUUAAAACUCGCAGUUAGUGAGGUCGAUGGCAUAAAGACAAUUAAAAAAUGUGCACGUUGGAUUCAACGCCGCGAAAGUCAAGAAUUUUGGGAUGGUGUUCCGGAUGAUUCAGAAUUUGAUAAUAGAAGGUUCAAAAACAGCACUUUUGAUUCGCUACCUGCUGCAGAAAAGGAAAAAUCGUAUAAUAUUCCAAUCGAUAUUAGAGUUAGAUUAGGAUUGUUAAGAUUGAACACAGAUAAUCUUGUUGAAGCUCUGAAUCAUUUCCAAUGUCUGUAUGAUGAAACUUUCAGUGAUGUUGCGGAUUUGUAUUUUGAGGCUGCGACUGCUUUAACAAGGGCCGAAAAGUAUAAAGAGGCUAUUGAUUUCUUUACGCCGUUAUUGUCUCUUGAUGAAUGGCGUACCACUGACGUCUUUAAACCGCUAGCAAGAUGCUACAAAGAAACGGAGAGCUAUGAAACGGCUAAAGAGUUUUAUGAACUAGCCAUAAAGUCUGAGCCAGGUGACUUAGAUAUUCGCGUAUCUCUCGCGGAAGUUUACUAUCACUUAAAUGAUCCAGAGACUUUUAAGCAUAUGUUAGUUGAUGUUGUAGAAAUGAGAAAACAUCAGGUCGAUGAAACACUCCAUAGGAUCUCCACUGAAAAAAGCUCUAACGAUACGUCGAACGAUAUUUCUAGUAAACCGCUACUGGAGGAUAGUAAGUUUAGAACUUUCAGGAAAAAGAAACGCACGCCUUAUGACGCAGAAAGAGAGAGAAUAGAAAGGGAAAGAAGAAUAACGGCAAAAGUUGUGGAUAAGUAUGAAAAGAUCAAAAAAUUUGAAUUAAACGCAGGUCUUAAUGAGGCCAAACAGGCCUCUGUAUGGAUCAAUACAGUUUCUGAAUUGGUCGAUAUAUUUUCAAGUGUUAAAAACUUCUUCAUGAAAAGUAGGUCUAGAAAAUUCAUCGGAAUUUUAAGAAGAACCAAAAAAUUUAACACUGAACUUGAUUUCCAGAUCGAAAGGUUGUCCAAAUUGGCUGAAGGAGACAGUGUGUUUGAAGGACCGCUAAUGGAGGAAAGAGUAACCUUAACUUCUGCCACAGAGUUGAGAGGGCUGUCGUAUGAAGAAUGGUUUGAGUUAUUUAUGGAACUUUCUUUAGUGAUUGCAAAGUAUCAAAGUGUUGAGGACGGCUUGAGUGUGGUAGAAACAGCCCAGGAAGUGAACGUAUUUUUCCAGGAUCCAGAAAGGGUUAAAAUGAUGAAAUUUGUUAAAUUAGCUAUUGUUCUUCAAAUGGAUAAUGAAGAAGAAUUGGCUGAAAAUUUAAGAGGUUUACUAAAUCAAUUUCAAUUCAAUAGGAAAGUUUUGCAGGUAUUUAUGUAUUCUUUAUGCCAGGGACCCUCUUCCCUGAAUAUCUUGAGCUCCACUAUUCAACAAAAAUUUUUCUUAAGACAACUGAAAGCUUUUGACAGUUGUAGAUAUAAUACUGAGGUUAAUGGGCAAGCCUCAAUAACGAACAAAGAAGUGUACAACCCUAAUAAAAAGUCGUCGCCAUAUCUAUAUUAUAUCUACGCCGUUCUGCUGUACUCCAGUAGGGGUUUUCUUUCAGCUCUACAGUAUUUAACGAGGUUAGAAGAGGAUAUCCCAAACGAUCCAAUGGUCAACCUUUUAAUGGGACUAUCGCAUAUACAUCGUGCGAUGCAGAGACUAACAGCUCAACGGCAUUUCCAAAUUCUCCAUGGAUUACGAUAUUUAUAUCGUUAUUAUAAAAUAAGGAAGAGCUUAUAUACGGAUUUGGAAAAGCAAGAAGCAGAUUACAACUUAGGGCGUGCUUUCCAUUUAAUCGGUCUGGUAUCGAUUGCAAUUGAAUAUUAUAAUAAAGUUCUAGAAAAUUACGAUGAUGAAAAGUUGAAAAAACAUGCUGCCUAUAACAGUAUUAUAAUAUAUCAGCAAAGUGGAAAUGUUGAGUUGGCUGAUAACCUCAUGGAGAAGUAUUUAAGUGUUUAA